CCGAACAGUAAUUCUUCCGUGCUUGUUGAGGGCGGACGUAUGCCCGCGUUGCGUUACUCCCGAAUUUACUUAACGAAACAAGUUUUACGCAUCGGAUUCCUUCUCAUGUCGCAUAUCAGUUAAAUAUCAUAAUGAACUCAAGUGGAACACUUAAAGGAUUACUUUUGAACGAGUUUCAAAAAGUUGAAAAACAUUUUUGAGUGAAGUUUGUGUAUUUCUUUAUAAUUAAUUCCGCGGCGCGUAGGUGAUACAAAAACUCGAGUGAAAUUGUUUAUUGUUUUAAAACAAAAGACAAAAUACCGUUGAAGACGCAGAGUUUGAAUUUGAUGUUCUUUUGCUCUUGUUUAUAAGAACACAUUUGAGUCGCGUGUUGAAAAGAGACACAAUGAGGUCCCACCGGGCAAGAGCGAUAGGUGUGGCGGCUUUGGCGGUUUUGUUAGCCACUAUAACAGGAUGCUCAUCUCAAACGCUGCGAAUAUUCCCAAUGCCGAAGCAACAGACUGUGGCGGUGGGCAAGUCUGUGGUGCUGACUUGCCAGGCCGAGGCGCCCGACACCGCUCUAGUCUCGCAACCGCAGUGGCGAGACCCCAAAGGACUCAUUAUAAACGAAGCUGCAGCCGGCACCAGACCUGAGAUCUACACGGAACCAAUGCCUGCUAAACAACUCCAGUACCUCUACAUAUCGUCGAUCACCACUGCAAUGGCAGGCAAUUACACGUGCGAAGCGACCUACACAAACAUGCCCCUCAGUGCCAGUGUGGUUUUGGAAACUUUCGUUGCCAUUACGUGGACAAACGCGAAUGAAAACCAGUAUGCGACAAAAGGGAAAAAUUACAAAAUAAUGUGUGAAGUAAAAGCCGAACCUGCACCAUCUGUGGAUUGGUUUAAAGAAGGAACUAGUAUUGUGUCUGGUGGUAGAUAUGUUAUUCACGCUAAUGGAUUAUUGAUAAUAAAUGUUCAAGAAAGUGAUGAUGCUACUUACACAUGUCGUGCUGUAGUUAUACAAACUGGAGAGUUAGCGGAACGAAAUAUUAAACUUGAGGUUUACACGGCUCCAGAAAUGGAAGAACGUGAAACGAAAGUAGAAAUAAAAGAAGGCGAAUCUGCAUCCAUCACAUGCAAAGCUAGAGGGAAACCUCCACCGACGUAUUCAUGGAUUAAAGCUUCUACACGGGAGAACUUAGGUACUACGGCACGCUUUGGAGUUGAUGAAAUCAAAGGGCUUCUAACUUUCGAUAGAGUUGAAGCUGGAGAUUACGGCAAAUAUAUCUGCAGCGCUGUGAACCAAGCUGGUCACAACGAAACUGAAAUAGAAGUCGAAGUUUUGGUUCGGCCGAGAAUAUUCGAGCUAUUCAAUACCACUGCAGCUGAAAAUACGGAGGGAAGAUUGGAGUGCAAAGCAACUGGACGCCCAGUACCUAGAAUCAGUUUCAGAAAAUUAAGCAAUGCCGAUCGAUUCUUGAAUGGCCCCAACGAUGAUGGACGAAUUAACAUAGAGACGACUAGUCGUCAAACAGGUGAUCAAAUGGAAUCAAGUGCAGUCAUAACAGUUUCACGAUUGAAUAGAACAGAUGACGGAUUAUAUGAAUGUGUUGCUGAAAAUGAAGGUGGAGAAGCAAGAAAAAAUGGUCAUCUCACUGUACAAUUCAGACCAUCUUUCGAACAUAUGAACAACGUUCCAGUAUGGAGUUGGAAUGCACAGCCUGUCAAUAUCAGUUGUAUUGCUGAAAGUAUUCCUAAUGCUACCAUUAAAUGGAAGUUCCAUGAUUACGAUUUGGUUGAAACUCCACACGUCAGAAUAUACGGCUCAGGUCCCAUAAGUUAUGUGACAAUAACACCUAUUGAUGCAAGUCUGUAUGGUACAUACAAAUGUAUCGCUACGAACGCCCUCGGUGAAGCGGAGCACAUUAUCCAAAUGAGACAAGCCUUCCCUCCAGGAGCUGUGGUUCAAGCGAGACAAGAUACUAUUACGGCAACGUCUGUUUCAUUCAAUAUAGUGGGCCCGCCUGAAGAUAUGGGUCCUCCAAUAGAGGCGUAUACAGUUCAAUUUAAGGAAAACGGAAAUUUUGAUUGGAAUCUCGCUAUGAAUCGAACGUGGUCUGCCAAUUCCCUUUAUAUUGUUGAGAAUUUGAGGCCGAUGUUCACAUAUGACUUUAGAUUCGCAGCUAUUAAUAGAGUCGGGGUUGGCAGUUGGGGCGCUCCGGUUACAGUUAUUAUGCCUAGAAGGUCACCGCCUGAACAACCAAAAUGGAGAGAAUCCCUUAGUUCAGAAUCUCUUAUACAUGGGAAAUAUGCUGACAGAUACGAAUUGCAAUGGAAAAUACCUGCAGAUAAUGGCGAACCAAUUGAUAUGUACGACGUUAGCUAUUGUCCCGUUUUGAAAGUAAAUGGAAAAUGGCAAGUCUCUGCUCCAUCUGAUUGCGUGACGGAGGAACUGAAAUCUUUCGAAGCGAUCAGUUACGAAAUUCGAGGACUACGACCAGAUACUCGAUACCGAAUGCACGUCCGUGCUCACAACGCUCUUGGUUUCUCCCAACCCGCACAACUCUAUGUCCAAACUGCUCUUGGUGUGGAACGUUCUGGGUUUGCCACCCCGCAACUUUUAUCAAGUGGAGCUAUAAUUGGAUUGGCACUGGCUGGCGUAUUUAUCUGUCUCAUCAUUGUCGAUCUUCUUCUACUGUGCUUCAGGCGGCAAGGUGUUAUUGCCACACUUUGCGGAAGACGGGUUAAGAAACAUUCAGACGAUGAAGCCAAAUUGGGAAGUCUGUACGGUUGGCGCUUCCCGCUCCCUUAUUGCAGCACGAAGCCGCGCGCGCCGCCCUCCCCCGCGCCCCUGCCGCCGCCUGUCAAGCUCGUGUCAACUCCGACAGAUGAAAAGGAGCCUCUCAAGGAUACUGGUGACGACGGCAUGAAGAGAAAUUCUUCAGUAGAAUUCGACGGUCGCCGAGUUUACGCAACUAGCGGAGGUCCAAUUAUUGGAAAAAACUCGGCUGUUUGAAUCACGAGACUUAUAAAACACAAUAAUCUAUUCACAGAUGUUGAUGUGAAACGGACGAGUAAUUCGAAACGUGACUAUUAACGGAUAUAAUGGGAUUAAUGUUACGAGUAUUAAAGCUUGUGUAUUUGUGAUGAGCGCGAUCAGUAUUCUAAACUGCCAAAAGACGAAUUAUAACGUUUAAUAAUAAGUGCGUUAUCAGCUUUAUCGCGUGAAAUUAGAUUUAAUAUUUGAUGACUCAAUUCACAAAAUAAUGAGAUUUAAACAGUAAUCAGAAUGUUAAUUUAUUAUGAAGACGUUUCCUUGAUAAGACAAUUUCGCUCGUAGGAUCGAUAACUAUGGUACGUCUACUUUAUAAUGUUUAUCUCUAUACAACCUAUUUUUAUUUAAGGCUACUGCUUCAGGAGGUACAAAAUGUGCCUUUUAUACUUUAGGUACUUUAUGAGGGUAUUUGUAGCUCAGGCAAGACUGUAUAUACAAGUAUAUCUCUAUUACUAGAUUAGUUUCAAAGUCACAAGAUUAUUUAAACUUCCAUUCUUAUUUUACUUUAUUUUAAAUUGUUUAUCUAGAUGACGAUACGAUAAUUUUUAUUGAAAUUCUCGAUUUUUACAGUUUGUUUUAAAAUGGGAGUCGAUUUUUUAGAUAGUAUCAAAGACAUGCAGAAUAUUAGACGCACUAUCUUUACUAAUUAUUAUCAUAAGUUCUGUAAAUACGUUAUUUAUAAUUUUGUAAAUAUUAUUAUGUUUAUUUAGUUAGUGAAUAAGUAAAUUUGUUAGAAAUACAUUAUGCUGGUCACCUAUUGCAUUGGUAUGCUAUGACGAGAUCUCUAAUAACUAUUUCUCUUUUUUUGUAAAGUUAUUUAAAUGGUAAGAGUUACGCGAUUUACCUAUAUUAAAUCAUUGUUGUAAUUAAUAUUAUGUUAUACUUCAAUACCGUAAAUAUUCUUACCUUGAAUGUAUUUAACGGGUCCCAAAUAGGUUUUAAAUCUUAUAUUUAUAUUAACUAUUUAAGACAGUAGAAUUACACAGUUGUUCUCAGAAUUAACUACACCCAUCAUUAAUGCACGUUGGAAAAUUUUGAUAAAGUUUUUAAUUAAAUUUAUUUUCUUAACACAACUAGUAUUAAAAUAUUAUAGUUAUAAGUAUAGUUUUAAUAACUUUUCCUUAAAAUUUAAUUAAAUAGCUUCAAAAUUUAGAUAUUUAAUUUAUAUAAAUGAAAAACAGAUUCUUUCUGGUGCCUGAUUUAUUAUGUUGAUCAUAAUAAUUAUUUUUUAGUAAUUUAGUGUCUGUGCCUGUCGACUAAAAAUCACAAAAUCCUGCUUUAAAAAUAUGAAUUUAUAAACUUUUUUUUUUAAACCAACUUACUUUUUUCACAAAUAUUCAAUUCAUGUUAAAGUUGAUUUGGCUAUUAAGCUGUGCUUUGUACGUCAAACCGUCGGCCAUUCGUAAUGUAUGUAUGUAAUUAUUAUAACGUCAGUUCCAGUUUAUACAGUGGGUUUAAACUUCAAACCCCAAUCUUAGGUCUGUGCCAGAUGCGGUUCAGUAUUAUAAAGGAUUAUCAUUUCAUUCUUUGUUUCUUUCGUUUCAAUUAUAUUCAAGUAGUUCAUCGAUUGAACCUGACUUGUGUAAAAAUAUCAAUCCAACUUUAAUAUUAUGUACACGGGGUAUAAUCUCUAAGUCUGCAUUUAUUAUCACACACUCAUAAUUUCUUGAUCACCAUUUUACAAAGUAAUUAAUAUUUAAUCAUUAUUUGUAGUGUAUACUGAUUACUGACACACGUUUUCCUUAUACAAGUUUUGAUGUAUUUUUAUACCUAUAAACAAAAAUCUUGUCAUGAGAUUUAGUAUUCAAGAAGUUUUUGCCUUUAUACACUGACUUUAUCAGCGAUGGGGCUGAGAUCAGUAAACAGAGCUUUUAACGCAUAUUCUACCUAUUUACGAGUAUGUCAAAAUAUCAAAUAUAAUCUUUAUAUCAAAGCUUAUAUUAUUGUAGUAUUUGCAUAGGAAUAAGCCUCGUGAAUCUAUGUCAGCUUUGUAUGAGAUGUUGAAGAAGGGCGUAAAGACAGCGAGAAUGCGCAUUUUUUUAUAAAAUAAAUGUCUUUAAUAUAAA